UUCCAAACUUUCCGGCUUCUCUAUCCCCAUUUAAUCCCCAUUUAAUCGUACGUUUCAAUUGCUCAGUUAAAAACUCACCCUUGCAUUUCUCUCUUCCUUCACACUGGAUGAAAAUUGCUCAGUUAACCCAUCACACGUCUGCUACAAUUUUUUCUAUCAACCACUGGCUUCCUGCCACCCUUCUACCUUCGAAGCAGCUUCAUCCCACGGUGCCGGUAGUUCUCCAAAAACCAGGACUUCACUCCAGGGGAUGCCCCAUGAGCUGCGGAAAAAAUGGGUUCAACCACCGAGACAGGCUCCACCGUCUGUUGAUUCCUCGCCAAAAAGGAACUUCAGCCCGCUCUGCACGCAAACGGCCGCUUCACAGCAAGUCUCGCUCUUACAGGUCUACAAUAGAAAUUGCUAUUAAUUUCAUAUCCAUGUGAUGAUACUUUCUUACAAGAAAUGUGCUGGCAGAUGUAGUGUAUAAACAAUCUCAUUGGAGCUGGUGUUCUUUAUGAUGCAAAUGCAUGCCUUUUCUUCUUGGGAGUUCUCCAUGCUUUGUUUUUAGGAAUAGUAUCACCAUAGAAGCCACUCUUCAUGGUUCAGUUGGGGUUGAAGUGUGUGAAUCUUCUGGGUGAAUGAUAGUUGGGGUUGAAGUGUGUGAAGCUUCUGGGUGAAUUAUCAUUCAUGCCUGCACACAAACAUCUGUGUGAUAAAAAUACUCUUCAAGACUUAUAACUAUGCUUAUACUCUAUAUACGGAGUAUUACGAAUUAAAAUUUAUAAUAUGUUUGAAUGGUUUGACCCUAUUUUUGUUAGUUUAGUUACUAGCUUUUAUAGUUUUGACACAUUGUAUUAUGCUACUUUUGGAUGUUUCUAAUAUACUUAUCUUUCAUUCAAAAAAAUAUAAUAUCUAAAUAUCUCAU